GGGAAAAUGCCGGACGGCGCGAGGGAGAGGAAUGGAAAAACCCCGUUGGAGGCUAUGCUUCUGUGAACGACAGACGGCGGUGAGCAUGUCGGCCCUAAACUGGAAGCCCUUCGUGUACGGAGGCCUGGCCUCCAUCACAGCGGAGUGCGGUACCUUUCCAAUUGAUUUAACCAAGACACGGCUCCAGAUUCAAGGCCAGAAGAAUGAUGCAAACUUUAAAGAAAUCAGGUAUCGAGGAAUGUUGCACGCAUUAGUGAGGAUAGGCAGAGAGGAAGGCCUGAAAGCGCUAUAUUCGGGGUAAGUAGACGUUUCAAAUGGACAGACUUCAUACUGAGACUUCACAGAGAAAAAGUACAAGGUUGGGGUGUAUUUGAAAUGAGCAAGUAGCAAUGGUUGGUUUUUUUCAUUUCAGUUUGGUUUUCUACGUGUUUUUUUUUUCUUCUCUUUUUUUUCCAUUUAUUUUUAUUAGUUGGAGGCUAUCUACAUGUUUUAUAUAGUGAAUGUUGUGGUAAAACUUUUUACUAUAGUCAAAUACAGAUAAUGGUGCAAAAAUUACGUUUGUUUCGAAGCAUUCUGUAGUUUAUUUUUUUUCCUCUUCCCCUUGGUU